AUGGGUCCCGAGGGCGCAGCCGGCGGCAAGAGCUCCGGCUGGGGCUGGGGAGGCAGCGCUGCGCUGAAGGCGAUCUCCGGCGACGAGCCGCUGAGGACCUCGGAGGCGGAUCUGGCGGCGUUGGCGCGGCAGCCCAUGCAGGCGGUGCUGGACCUGGGCCAUGUGACGCGGGAGGUGCCGGAGAACCUGCCCUCGGGGAAGCUGCCCUUCGACAUCUCGCAGCACCCGGCGGUGAAGCACACGGUGGCCCGCAGGCUGCUGGACCGCAUGGAGGCGGAGAUGGGCCGCUUCGCGGACAUGCAGAAGGCGACCCCGGCCCCGCGGGUCCGGGAGCUCAGCGAGGUGGAGCUCACGAAGCUCUCGGCCGGCGCCAAGGACGCGGCAGAAGCGGCAGAGCAUGCCCUGGACCAGAUCAUCACCUGCAUGUCCGAGAUGAAGGCGGCGGACGCCUCCUUCGUGGACUCGGCCUUCCGCGAGGUGCUGCGACGAGGCAACGCCAUCGACGUCUCGGACGAGGCCUCGGCCGCGAAGGCCUCCGCCGGCGGCGCCCGCGCCGCCGGGGACGCCAACCUCAGCCGUCUGAAGCACUGGCUGCUGCGUGUCUCGGGCCACGAGAGCGAGGCCUGGCUUCAGCGGGCCUGCCGCUCUCUGCUCUCCUCCUCAGCCACCCAGGACUGGCAACGCAUCAACCCCUUCCUCUCGGAGAGUGAGGUGCGGGACAUCCUGCAGCUCACGAGCCACGCGAUGCUGCGGGCGGUGCGGGUGGUCCUGGCCAACGGCUCGCUGGCGGAGGCCCGGGAUCUCCAGAAGAUGCUGAAGAAGGCGAUCGGCACGGUGAAGGAGGAGGGCAAGCUCCCGAAUGACUUGCUGGUGGGCCUCUCCGAGAAGGGCGAGGUCUUAGCGCGGCGCCUCGACGCCAAGCGCCACUACGUGUCCAAGGACUUGUCCUACGACCCCCACUUCCUAGUCUUCGAGUUCUCUGAUAACAAGAUGCUUCAUGAGCGCCAGGUCGCCAUCAUCUCGGACUUCCAGAAGACCGUGGAAGGCGGCUCGAGUGGGGUGAAGCAGAUGAUCAUGGGCGCGGGGAAAACCACGGUGGUGAGCCCCUUGCUGUCGAUGCUGCUGGCGGACGGCAAGCGCCUGGUGAGCCUCGUGGUGCCCUCCGCUCUGUUGGAGUUCUGCCGAGGCGUGCUGAUGGCGGUCUUCUCCUCCAUCAUCCAGAAGCGCGUGUGUUUGUUCCACUGCGACCGCUCCGAGGAUGUGGACAUCGCCAUUUGUGACCGCAUCGAGUCGGUGAGGAACGAGGGCCAUAUCGUGCUGACAAAGCCUACGGACGUGAAGAGCCUGAUUCUGCGCUUUGUGGAGAAUCUGGACAUCUGCAACGACCGCCGAUCCAAGCGAAACACCGCAGCCCAGCAGAAGGAGACCAUUGAGCUCGGCCGCGUCCUGGAGAUCUUCUCGAAAGGCGUGUGCAUGAUCGACGAGGUGGACAUGGUGCUGCACCCUCUGCGCAGUGAGCUGAACUUCCCCAUCGGACCAAAGAACCUCAUCGACUUCGCACCCCACCGGUGGCAGAUCCCUCUGCACCUGCUGGAGGGCAUCUUCAUCAGCGAGCUGAAGGGCGAGAAGGGCGAGCUCACGCCCCCGGAGCGCUUCGCGGACAGUGCGCUGGCCAAGGAUAUCCUGAAGCAGAUUGCGAAGACCGUGGCAGAUGGCACACGGGAGCUGAAGAUGCAGCACAGCCCCCACCUGGUGCUGCUGAAUUUGGAGUUCUACGAGGAGAAGCUGAAGGAGGUGAUGGUGAGUUGGAUGACUUUGUGGCUGGCCUCCGAGCACGUGGGCCGCAGCUUCGCCCACGAGCGCGAGGGGAUCAUCGACGGCGGGCUGUCGGACGGAGAGGUCCGGGAGUACAUCACGAAGAUCUCGGCCCCCGAGUCGCCCUUGGCGAAGCGCGUGGAGAUGCUGCCGAAGCGGGACGUGCAGAUGCUGAACUUGUCGGCGGACUGGCUGUCCAUCUUCCUUCCUCACGUCUUGCAGAAGAUCAAUCGGGUUACCUAUGGUAUCAUGACGGAUGCCCAGGUGGACCAGGCGCUGAUUCGGCAGCCGGGGAUGCCCAUGACCCGCGCGAAGCUGUCCAUCCCCUUCAUCGGCAAGGACGUGCCGUCGCCCUCCUCAGAAUUCGCACACCCGGACAUCACCAUCGGGCUGACGCUGCUCAGCCUGCGCUACGAGGGCCUCAGGAUGUCCGACUACGAGGCGGUGCUGGAUCUGCUGGUGGCGAACCUGGAGAGCGAGCCGGGCCUGGCGGCGGAGCGGCCCACGGCGCUGCUCUUCAAGCGCUGGGUGGAGGGCUCCGGCGGGGUGCUGGCCACCCGGCGCCAGGAGCUCCAGGACCUGAGCCCUGAGCAGCUGGCCGCGGCCCGCGCCGCCGAGGUGCGGGAGAAGAAGGUACGGAUUCUGCCGUUGCACAUGCUGGAGCGCAGCAACCGGCGCCAGAUGAACGAACUCUUCAAGCUACUGCGAAAGAACGGCCAGGUGGUGGCCUGGUACUUGGAGUCCAUCGUGUUCCCCGAGCACUUGCGCUUCCAGGAGGUGAAGCUCAUGUCCUCGGGCCAAGACCUGGGCGGCGCCCUGCUCUUCAAGGAGCGCAUCGGCUUCAGCGGCACGCCCUCGGAUCUGAUGCCGCGGGAGCUGGGGUCCUGCGACUUCGAGCCGGGCAGCGAGGGCUCCAUCGUGCACACCUUGACCAAUCCGCAGGUUGUGUCCUUCGAGGUCUUCGGGGCAGACUGGACCGUCACAGGCCUGUUGGACCGCAUCGCGGUGGGGGGCUUCCAUGCCCUCAUCGACACAGGCGCGCUGAUCACGGGUUUGUCCAACAAGGAGGUGGCGGUGUAUCUGCUGGGCUUGGACAACGGGGACCCCCACCCCACGCUGCCGAGCUCCUUCCACGGCGUGGUCUUCAUCGACGAGGAGGGAUCCAAGAAGAUCCUGCUGCGCCAGACCCAGGAGGUGCUGAACCUUGCGGACUGCGGUAUCCCCGCAGUGCACCGUUUCGCCUUCUACGACCAG